UGGCAUUGAGACUGCUGAUGGGGUCAUGACCGUUCUCAUCAAGCGCAAUACUACCAUUCCUACCAAACAGACCCAGACCUUCACUACUUACUCUGACAACCAGCCUGGUAUACUCAUUCAGGUUUAUGAAGGUGAGCGUGCCAUGACCAAGGAUAACAAUCUACUGGGCAAGUUUGAACUCACAGGCAUACCUCCUGCCCCCCGUGGCGUUCCUCAGAUUGAAGUCACUUUUGAUAUUGAUGCUAAUGGCAUCCUUAAUGUCUCUGCUGUGGAUAAGAGUACAGGGAAAGAAAACAAGAUCACCGUCACAAACGACAAAGGUCGUUUGAGCAAGGAAGACAUUGAGCGCAUGGUCCAGGAAGCUGAGAAGUACAAAGCUGAAGAUGAGAAGCAGCGGGACAAGGUGUCCUCCAAGAAUUCCCUGGAAUCCUAUGCAUUCAGUAUGAAAGCAACUGUUGAAGAUGAGAAACUUCAGGGCAAAAUAAAUGAUGAGGACAAACAGAAGAUUCUGGACAAGUGUAAUGAAAUCAUCAACUGGCUGGAUAAGAACCAGACUGCAGAAAAAGAAGAAUUUGAACAUCAGCAGAAGGAGUAGGAGAAGGUGUGCAACCCCAUCAUCACAAAGCUGUACCAGAGUGCAGGAGGCAUGCCUGGAGGAAUGCCCGGAGGCUUCCCUGGUGGCGGUGCUCCUCCCUCUGGUGGUGCAUCCUCCGGGCCCACCAUAGAGGAGGUUGAUUAAGCCAACCUGAGAAUAGGUCUAGCAUUGAUCCACACAAAACAUUUGAAGGACCCAAAUUUGUAGCAAAUUCCAUGGCAGUUUUAAAGGAGCUGCUAUAGUUAAUAAACUGGGCAUUCUUGAUACUUGAA